AUGGCGUGGUGGCCAUUCCGUCGAAGCGGCGCGGGAGAGGCGGAGGCAGAGCAAGAGAGGCGAGGCCUGUUGCAGCAUCCAUCCGAGCGCAGACGAGCUUCAGACCAUCACCAUGUUCAUCAUCGCGGCAGCAGAGCCGACUCGCACUCGCACUCGGACUCGCACUCGGACUCCUCUGCCAAGGCGACACCGCUGCCCAAGAUGCAGCUCUUCAUCCUCUGCGUCAUGAGGUUGAGCGAACCCAUCGCCUUCACAUGCAUCUUCCCAUUCAUCCCCUACAUGCUGCACGAUAACCUGCCAGACGUGCCAAAAGACGAGAUUGGCUACUAUGCUGGAUUGGUGGAAUCGCUGUUCGCAGUGGUGCAGUUCCUGACCGGCAUGGUGUGGGGUUCGCUGUCCGAUCGCAUCGGUCGCAAACCCGUGCUGCUGAUCGGUCUGGCAGGCACUUUUGUCAGCGUCAAUGCUUUCGGUCUGGCCAAAUCCUUUCACGCCAUGAUCUUGGCGCGCGCCAUCAAUGGUCUCAUGAACGGCAACAUCGCCGUCAUCAAGAGCGUGCUGGGAGAGUUGACAGACGACAGCAAUCAAGCUAGAGCAUUCACCUUUUUGCCCCUCAUGUUCGCCAUUGGCAGCAUCAUCGGUCCUGCCAUCGGCGGCACUCUCAGCGAUCCCGCAAGCACCUUUCCCGAUUGGUUCGGUCGUAGCCAGUUUCUGAAAAGGUAUCCUUACUGGUUGCCGUGCGGCGUUGCUGGCCUGCUCAACCUGUUCGGUCUCCUCGUCGGCUUUCUCUUUCUCCAAGAGAACAGCGACGAACGAGCCUCGCACAAUCAGCCCGCCGCUCCAUCCCCCAUCACCGAUGAUGAGGAGAAGCCGGCGUCAUUCAAGGAAAUCUUCAAGCCCAAGAUUCUCACCGUCUUGUUCAACCAAGCACUCAUCAACCUCAUCAACGUCGCAUACAUGUCCGCUUUGCCCCUCUUUUGCUUCACACCGAUCGAAAAGGGAGGCUUGGACUUCACCAAACAGGACGUCGGUACCAUCUUGGCUGCCAACGGCGUCUUGGCCAUCUUCAUCCAGCUCUUCCUCUUUCCCUUUCUCGAGAAGCGUCUCGGCGGACCGCAGCACGUCCUCAAGCGCAGCUUGCCCUUCAUGGCCAGCACUUUUCUCUUUUUCCCGCUCGCACAUGUGGCGGCGAGGCUCGGCAGGGCAGAGGUGUGGACCGUGCUGGGAGCCAUGCUGGUCUUCAAAUCCAUCGGUGGCAUCUCCAUCGUAAGCGGCACGCUGUGCAUCAACAACGUCGCACCAAACAGGGCGAGCCUGGGUCGAGUCAAUGGGCUGGGUCAGAGCUUGGGUAGUCUGAGCAGAGCUGUUGGGCCCAUCUCGAGCACGAGCCUAUUCGCUUGGUCCAUCACCCAUCCACAAUUCCUCGAUGGUCAGCUUGUCUGGAUCGCAUUCUUUCUAGUGAGUGGGUGCAGACGCUGCGCUGUGUGUGCAUUUGUGGCGCCGACUGAUGGAUGGAGCUCCAAACUCGAUCGCAUGCCUCAGCUCGCAUUCGGGACUUGGUGA